AUGGCAACCCCGGAUCAAGCUCAGAAGCAGAAGAGCAAGAAGAUUGCGAAGAAGAUCGCCAAACAGUACCAGAGCAAGGAUUUCAAGUACCCAGAGACUUGGGAUCCCAGCGACGCGAAGGAUUUUCAGGCCAUCCGAGAGAGGAUGUUCGCGAAGAGAGAGAAGCUCCGAUGGAAGGAAAUGGACACCACCGCCUCUACCGACCCUAAGAACAAUACCGGUGACAAAGGCAAGGCGCCCGUUGAUAAGGAACCAGUACAUCCUGACGACAAGUUUACCGAUGAAGGCGACCUUCUAGAAGACGCCCUGCAGGACGCUGUGAAGCAAGAGCAGUUUUGGUUAUGGGUACACAAAGAGGAUGAGAAAAUUCGGAUGGCACCUAAAACGGCUGAGGACUACAUCCGCGCUCUCUCCGAAACCAAUUACGCGGACGACGCAUCAUUCAAAAAGCUGCGUCAACGACAGAGCGCAUACUCCUACCCGUCUAUCCCUAUUGGGACUCACGAGGAUUACCGUUACGCUGUGAGUCCAUGCUUGGCAGUAAUGGAACCUGACGAUGCGAUCGUCUUCUAUGACGACCCACGCAAGUUCGCCAGGGAGGGAGUCAUUGGAAUCAACAUACCAUCUGGAAACAGAAUCAAGUUCACGGAUCUAAAAAAGGAGCACCGGUUCAGGCGGCAGGGCUCGGAUGGUUCAGAUGAGUCUUCCUUCAGUGACUCCAGUAUCGAAAGUGUGGUACGAGGCAACGAUCUCACUGGAUUCGUAUGCCUUCAAAUUGGGCAGGUGCAAGCAGUCGCCGCGAAGCACCGGUCUGACGAUGGCAAACUACCCUGGAAAGAGACGGACUGGGUCAUGGUCGUUGUUAUAGACGAAGAUGGCAAGCCUGGUUCUGUCUGGCUGCUACAGGACUUCGAACCCAUGAUCGAAGAUACGAACGACACCUACAUCAUCGAGCAGUCAGAUACCAGUGGGUGGGGCUACUUCCAGCACGAGCUUGGAAUGAGCUCGCAACCGCAGCAACGUGCAGGUGUAAAAAUCGCGCACCGCGUUAGUGACCUGUCCGAGAACUUCCAGUGGACCAUGGACGAAUACUUUGCGACGAAGUACGAAAUCGUGCGGGCAGUGAUCGCGGUGCGUGAUAGGGAUAAGUCGCCAGUCAUUGUCAGACAGCUCCGAGAGCCUAACGCAAAAUACCCAAUGGGCUGGAGUAUGACCAGUAGUAGUACCGCAGACGGCUCAACGCCAGACAUUUCGAGCCUGAACAUUUGGGACAACAACUAG